CGCAGCGCGGCCGGUGCGCGCCCCGGGCUCCUGGCGAGCUCUCGGCCUGGCUCGAGACAGACCCGCUAAUACUGCCCAGACCCGGGUGAUGCCGCCUCGGGCCUGUGCGAGGACAUCUGUGGGGGCUCGGCAUGGCUUAUGGGCUGCCCAGGAAAAACACCGUGCAGAGCGUCCUGCGGGGCAGCUGCUUCAGCAUACAGGAACCUUGGGAUCUUGCGCUACUUACGAAGACCUGGUACUCGAAUAUAGUCAACUCCAGGUUGCCCUUCUUGGGAGAAAUUGCCUAUGGGAGUCCCUUUCAGCUCUCAAAAUGUGAAACAAAGGAAGGGCUACUGCCUUCAGAGGAAUCCAUCAAACUCGAAAGAGAGUAUGAAAUGAAGCGCUUGACUAAACUGAAAUGUCAAGAAAAUGCAUCUGAGGAAAUUCAAAUGUCCCUACGAGAAAGGAAAGGUGGUUUCAGAAGACCUCUGCAACCUAAGUGACAGGCAUGUCACGCUGGAUCUUUGUUCCAAUUCCUGUGUCUGGCAGGGGUGCAGGUGCCCGCCUCUCAUACUGUUCCAUCCCAUGUGGAUGAAGCAUCAGCAUGACAACCUGUUCCACGGUGGCUGCCCUGGGAAUGAUGCCCCUCUGCC